CACAAUAGCAGCUCCCUCCAAGAUGGCGGCAGCGACGGCAGACCCGGGAGCUGGGAACCCGCAGGCUGGGGACUCCUCCGGCGGGGGCGCUGGGGGCGGGCUGCCGUCUCCCGGGGAGCAGGAGCUGAGCCGGCGCUUGCAGCGCCUGUAUCCCGCGGUCAACCAACAAGAGACUCCGCUGCCGCGCUCCUGGAGCCCCAAGGACAAAUACAACUACAUUGGUCUCUCCCAGGGCAACCUCCGCGUCCACUACAAAGGUCAUGGCAAAAAUCACAAAGAUGCGGCCUCGGUGCGUGCCACCCACCCCAUACCUGCUGCCUGUGGCAUUUAUUACUUUGAAGUGAAGAUUGUCAGCAAAGGAAGAGAUGGUUACAUGGGAAUAGGACUCUCGGCUCAAGGCGUCAACAUGAACAGACUUCCUGGUUGGGACAAACAUUCCUAUGGUUACCAUGGUGACGAUGGGCAUUCCUUCUGCUCCUCGGGGACUGGCCAGCCCUAUGGUCCCACAUUCACCACAGGAGACGUGAUCGGCUGCUGCGUCAACCUCAUCAAUGGCACCUGCUUCUACACCAAGAAUGGCCACAGCCUUGGUAUAGCCUUCACAGACCUCCCGGCCAACCUCUACCCCACCGUAGGCCUGCAGACACCUGGGGAGAUUGUGGACGCCAACUUUGGUCAGCAGCCCUUCCUGUUUGACAUUGAGGACUACAUGCGGGAGUGGCGUGCCAAGGUCCAGGGCACGGUCCACUGCUUCCCCAUCAGUGCUCGGCUUGGCGAGUGGCAGGCAGUGCUGCAGAACAUGGUCUCAUCUUACCUCGUGCAUCAUGGGUAUUGUGCCACAGCCACAGCUUUUGCUCGAAUGACUGAAACCCCGAUUCAGGAAGAACAGGCAUCCAUAAAGAACAGACAAAAGAUCCAGAAGCUGGUGCUGGAGGGCCGUGUGGGCGAGGCCAUCGAGACCACCCAGCGCUUCUACCCAGGGCUGCUGGAGCACAACCCCAACCUCCUCUUCAUGCUCAAGUGCCGGCAGUUUGUGGAGAUGGUGAAUGGGACGGACAGUGAGGUCCGCAGCUUGAGCUCCCGAAGCCCCAAGUCCCAGGACAGCUACCCUGGCUCCCCCAGCCUCAGCCCCCGACAUGGCCCCAGUAGUUCCCACAUGCACAACACAGGAGCAGACAGUCCCAGCUGUAGCAAUGGCGUCGUGUCCACCAAGAGCAAACAGAACCACAGUAAAUACCCUGCACCCAGCUCCUCAUCCUCGUCCUCCUCCUCCUCGUCCUCCUCUUCCCCAUCCUCCAUCAAUUACUCCGAGUCCAACUCAACAGACUCCACCAAGUCCCAGCCCCACAGCAGUACCAGUAACCAGGAGACCAGCGACAGUGAGAUGGAGAUGGAGGCAGAGCACUACCCCAACGGUGUGCUAGGAAGCAUGUCCACGCGCAUUGUUAACGGUGCCUACAAGCAUGAGGACCUGCAGACGGAUGAGUCCAGCAUGGAUGACGGGCAUCCUCGGCGGCAGCUCUGCGGGGGCAACCAGGCUGCCACAGAAAGGAUCAUUCUGUUUGGCCGUGAGUUGCAGGCAUUGAGUGAGCAGUUGGGCCGGGAGUACGGCAAUAAUUUGGCCCACACAGAGAUGUUGCAGGAUGCCUUCAGCCUGCUGGCAUACUCAGACCCCUGGAGCUGCCCAGUAGGCCAGCAGCUUGACCCCAUCCAGAGGGAACCUGUGUGUGCUGCCCUCAACAGCGCCAUUUUAGAGUCCCAGAACCUGCCAAAGCAGCCCCCUCUGAUGCUCGCCCUGGGCCAGGCAUCUGAGUGUCUCCGGCUCAUGGCCCGAGCAGGCCUGGGUUCUUGCUCCUUUGCCAGAGUCGACGACUACUUGCACUAGCUGACCGUGCUGGCUGGCUCCGGCUGGCCCUCCGCUGGCCCCAGGGCUGGAGCUGCCCUGCCCUCCAUAGGCACCUGGUGCAGGGACUGGGAAGCCAUGGACAGAGUCCACUCCUCCUGCCUGGCCUUUUCUCCUCUCCCUUUCCUUCCUUCCUUCCUUUCUCUGCCCACCACCCCCUCAGUCUCUCUCUCUCCCCUUCACGUGCAGCGGCCUGUGACACAGUAUUGGCUGGUUACUCUCAUGUAGCGCCUUCUAUUUUGAAAGGGGGGGGUUUGUUUUGAGGAGGGGUUGGGGUUUUUAAAUUUUUUUUCUCCUGACUGAGCCACCAGUAUUUAUCUCUGAAGAGUUUGUGCUGAGCUGGUUUCUGCUAAUUUAGUGAUGAAGCCUAUCCAAG